AUGUCGUCUUUAGAACCUUUACCCGAUUGGAAACCUGUUAUUUCAGAUGAAGAUUGUACGAUCACUUUCAAAAAUGGUGGCAUGUAUAUUGGACGAGUUUCCAGAAAGGGUAUGGAAGGCAAAGGAUUGUACAGAUGGAGCAAUGAAACAAUAUAUCAAGGAGAAUUUUUUGACAAUCUUCCACACGGCUUUGGAUCGUACACUUGGUCUGAUAUGUCCUAUUACGAAGGUCAAGUUUAUCAGGGUUUUCGACACGGAAAUGGAUUUUUUGUGGGACCACCUGCUGAACCAGAUCUACCAAGAAUAUACAUGUCGGGAACUUGGAAUCUAGGUAAACUCGUAGGAAAAGGCUAUUUGAAACAAGGGAGUCAAUUGUAUGAGGGAACAUUUGAAAAUAGUGUACGCACUGGCAAAGGGGUAAGAUAUUAUGAUCCAAAUUCAGUUUAUGCUGGAGAUUUUAUUAACGGCAUCAGAGAUGGAAAUGGAACUAUGGUAUGGGAGAAUAAUGAUGUAUAUAUAGGAAAUUGGAAAAAUGGAUUGAGGCAUGGCUAUGGCGAGUACAUAUGGGAAGCCUAUUUAUAUCCUGAAAUAUGCUUCUUUAAUCAAAAUUUAUACUAUGGUAAUUGGAAAGAAAAUCUUCGACAUGGAUUUGGAACUUUAACUUUGAUUAAUGGAUGUCUAUAUGACGGAAGUUGGCAUGAUGAUAUCAAACAUGGAACUGGUCUCAUUGUCUGCAAAAAUGGUUUGAUCAUAAAAUCAGAACAAUUAUAUUAUAAAAAUCGCCCUGCAAUGAUCAAAGGCUCUAAGAAUGUAAAUGAAGAUAUAUCUGAAAAUGAUAAUCGUUUGAAGAAGAAAGUUAUUACAAAACCUUCAAAAACGAAAUCAAGACAGUCUUCUCCUUCGACAAAAAGUAAAGCAAAAGGUCAAAAUCAAAAACCUAAAAAGUCUCUUUCAAAGAAACUACUGCAUUCAGAUUAUUCAAAAAUAGAAAGAGCUAUGAUUCAAGAAGUUGAAAAGCAAUUACUUUAUAAUAGAACCUCGUAUUCCGAUAAUGAAUUCAAACCAAGAUCUUUGCCAUUUUAUUUGCCCGACCAUUAUAUCAUCUUAGAAUAUCACUUAAAUCGUUUAAUGCACAACACACCAGAGCAAAGCAAAUUUAAAUCAAACAGAAUAGUAAAUCUGGAUUAUAGCCCCACAACCUCAUUUCAUACCGCACCUUUUUAUGAUAGCCAUUCUAAUAUAUUCAAUUUAAAAAUUGGAGAUUGCAUACAGAAGUCGCCCGAAAUAACUGCUACAUUAAACAAAGAUAACUUAGAAACAAUUGCUUCAUCGUGUGCAGAUAGAUUUUGCACAUCGGCUGUGAGGGAGUCUGAAGAAUGCAACUUGAGAAAUAUGAUAAUAUACCAUAUGCAUCUAUUGCGCAAAGUUUAUAAUUUCUAUGCUUCUCUUGGGAUAAAUGACAAAUUACCUCUAAACUCGGAGCCAGUUCUAGUGAGACUAUUUUUAUGGCAACUGUUUAGAGAUUGUGGGCUUUCGAAGAGAGGUAUCAAUCUUAUUCAAUUAGAUCGUGAUCUCUCAAUCAAUGUAUCCAGUUGUUUACUUUCUGAUCAUAACCCAUUUGAAAAACUGCAAUUCUUCCAAUUUUUGCAUUGCUUAUUGGAAGCAAGUUGGUGUUUGUAUGGAAAAUAUAUGAACAUACAUAAUUUUAAGGAAGGAGUUUUAGCAGUUGCUUUCGAUACAUUUCUAAUGGAUGAUGUAGCACCGGCUAUUGAAAAUAGAAAUGGAUAUGCUUUGUUGGAAUUUCGAAACAGAGUUCCAUUGCACACUAUGUAUUCUAUGUAUAAAAGACUUGGAGAACCCCUGACAAUAAGAAAUCUAAUUUACACGAUUCAGAAACAAGGCAUUGAAGAAGAAUCAAUAGAAAUAAGUUGUGAACAAGUCCAAUUCGGUUAUCAAGGAAUUUUGGGAGAUGAUGUUAUUUACUAUCCUAAACCUCCUGAUUCAAUUUUGGAAAACAGUGUAGAAAGUACCGAUCAAGGUCCUUUAUGCAACUUGGAUCUGAUUGACUUAAAAUUGCUAAAAGAUUUGAAUAUGAAAGAUCUUUUAAUUUGCUGUGCAGAAAUUUGCCCAACUAUUAUCUGCAAGGAUGAAAUUGUGAAUAUCGAUUAUGAAAUCAAUUUUUUGGAAUUCUACGAAAUUAUCAUCAUUUGCACAGAUAGAAUAUUUUAUAAUGAAGAUUAUGAUAAAUGGAAAGAACUCGAGAAUGCAAGAAUUGCAGAAUUAGAAAAUUUAGUUAAAAUUAUUGAGAAACCUGUUAAGGAAAAGAAAGUGAAGAAGGGAAAAUAA